GCUAGUCGUCGUUUCCCGCCUAAACGAAGAAAAUUGGAACAUCGAACGCGAAAUUUUUUUUUUUUAACUUUUUUUCACGUGCGUCUCGCCGGCCAGUGUAUCUAUACCUGGAGGUCCUUUAUAGUGCAUUGAAUUCUUCUGUGAUUUUGUGAAUUAUGUGAAAAACAUUUCGUGUUUAAAAAAUAAACUUGUAAAACAUAUUUUAUAACUUGAAUGUGGUAUUGAAAUUUGUACAAUGGGGAAUUUUGACAGGAGGAAAUUUAUGGAUUCAUUUUUGAAAAUGAAUACGACGACGUGGUUAUCACUAGUUUUAGCCAUCAUCACAUUUGCGACGCCAGGACUAUCGAGUGAGCCACGGGUGGUGUGCUACUAUACGAACUGGUCGGUGUAUCGACCGGGCACGGCGAGAUUUAACCCUCAGAAUAUCAACCCCUACCUAUGCACGCAUCUCAUCUACGCCUUCGGUGGUUUUACGAAAGACAACACGCUCAAGCCUUUUGAUAAAUAUCAGGACAUUGAAAAAGGUGGCUACGCGAAGUUCACCGGACUGAAGACUUACAACAAAAAACUUAAGACGAUGCUGGCUAUUGGCGGAUGGAAUGAAGGGUCCACACGCUUUUCACCCAUGGUCGCUUCAAAAGAACGACGAAGGGAAUAUCUGGACUGGAUGAACUUGUUGACCUACGACUACCACUCAGCGUUCGAGCCCGCUGUCAAUCACCACGCGCCGCUGUACCCUCUUGAAGAACCCAACGAGUACAGUGUAGACAAUGAACUCAACAUUGACUACACAAUCAAGUUCUACCUCGAGCAAGGCGCAGACCGCGACAAACUAGUUCUCGGCAUCCCGACCUACGGGCGAUCGUACACACUCUUCAACCCUGACGCCGUGGAGAUCGGGUCUCCUGCGGAUGGUCCAGGAGAACAGGGAGACGCGACCAGAGAGAAGGGAUACUUGGCUUACUAUGAGAUUUGCGAAGCUUUAAAACCCAAAGAGAGGAAAAAGAAGAGCACUGAUGAGGAGGAUGAAGAGUCCGAAGAAGAAGAGGAGGAGGAUGUGCCCUGGACGGUGGUACAACCGAACCCUAACGCGAUGGGUCCGGUAGCUUACAAAGGCAACCAGUGGGUUGGGUACGAUGACAUCGACAUUGUUAGAAAGAAGGCCGAAUAUGUGGCUGAGAAUGGUCUUGGAGGUAUUAUGUUUUGGUCUAUCGACAAUGACGAUUUCCGCGGGACCUGCCACGGCAAGCCCUACCCUCUCAUUGAAGCUGCUAAGGAGUCAUAUAUUGUUCGACUCGGCUCUACUGAUAAUGCCAUCGUGACUGACAAGCCCCGAGCGGCAACAACGGCUAGAAGCAACAGGAGACGCAACCGACCCAAGAGUAGCACCACCACCGUCAAGUCUACCACUAGCAACAAGCGCAAGAGUGGACAAUCGAUAAGCAGUACCACACCAGGAUGGAAUAUCGUUACCCCUGAACCUCCUACCACCCCAGAUCCAGGCUCAGAUUUCAAGUGCACUGACGAAGGUUUCUUCCCUCACCCUCGCGACUGCAAGAAGUACUUCUGGUGUCUGGACUCCGGACCGUCCAACCUAGGCAUCGUCGCUCACCAAUUCACUUGUCCCUCUGGUUUAUUCUUCAACAAGGCAGCAGACUCUUGUGAUUUCGCCCGCAACGUGCUCUGCAAGAAACCAAGCGCAACUACGAAAGCACCGACAACAAAAGCACCGUCUACGACCACCACCUCGACUACCACUACCCGACGACCUGUCAAACUCAGCACAAAGAAUUCGUUGUUGUUUAGAACCACCACGACAACUACUACUACCACUCCUGAACCUGAGGAAGAAGAAUACGUGGACGAAGUUGAAGAGGACGCAGCUGACAUAGACGCAGAGGAUCCCAAAGUUAUUAAGGAACUGAUUGACCUCAUUAAGAAAGUCGGAGGCGUGGAGCAACUAGAGAAGCAGUUGCAUUUAAGUGAGUCUUCACCAAGAAGUGAAGGCGCAAUCACAACGACACCGUUACCCAUUAGCAAGAAACUAUAUCAGAAAGUACUUGAACGCACGCGUGGAAAACUGCCGAGUAUCUCCAAUCAGAACUCAUCACAAAACAGUCGGCGAGGACCUCAAAACGCCGGACUAGAACCAUCGGAAGAUAGAGACAAGAUUUUAAGGAAGGACAGACCACAGUACACGACAAUCAAUCGCGCACGCCCCUCCACCAAGCUACCUCUGGACGAAGCGCUGGAAGAAGAUAUAGACGAUACUCCACAACAGCUGCAGCGCGCAAGAGCGGCCGUCGAAGAACCCAAAGUCGCCACCACUUCUAAGCCAUUGCAAUACGUGAAUAUUCGCAGAGCGAGGCCCACGGUCGUCUCGACAUCUGAUACUGCGGAUGAUACUGCAUCGAGAAACGCACUGUUUGAGAGACCUGAAUCCAUUGUGACUGUGUCGGAGACAGCUAACACUUUGGACAUAGCGGCGGCAAGGCGCGAAAACAUCCCAGAAUAUGUUACUAUAAGAAGGCAGCGACCUUCAACUGAAGUGCCUACCACAGUACAAUAUUCGGAAGCUGAAGAAGAAAGUCAAGAAACUGCCUUAGAAAGAGAGAUUUCUUCCCCUGUUUCCGAAAUCCAACCUAAGUACACCUCCAUCGUACGAGCUCGUCUCUCGACCCUUACCCCUGAAGACCUUUCCACACCUGAACCUACCACUGUUCUUGCUGUCCAAAUAUCUUCCCUGUUAAACUCCCCGAGUGCUUCUGAACUUGAAACUCCCGAGACGACAGACGCUGAAGCCACUGAAGCCGCGACGACUACGACCACGACCACCACUGUGGCUCCAUCCAGUGCCGCGACUAGGCGACCGAUCCGAAGACGAGGUUCCACAACCACCACUCAAGCCCCAGCCGUAUCUUCCACCACUCAGGUGAGUUCCAGGAAUUAUACUUUUGUUCGCCGACGCCGCCCUCAACAACCCAACGAAAUAUCCACGGACUCGGAUGAAACAGUAGAAAUAUCUCGAAGGAUCAGAUCGACUACUCCUGACAGUAGAGAAGUCGAGCCUAGAGAUGAUAUUAAUGGGGAAAAUAGGGAAAGGGAAACCGGAUUAAGUAGACCUAGAAUUAGAUUCCAAGCACGAGUUGAAGACUCGGUUCCUGCUGCUGCAUCUCCUGUCUCUAGAGGACAAUUCAGACCUCAAAUAAGUAGGGAUGAAAUUUUGUCGCUUACUCCUGUAGAUGUUGACACACCUCAAUUCACUCAAAGGCAAAGCUUUAGUCCAAGAACAGAUAGACGUUUCCGAGGUAGAACAACCGUACCUGACAGAGUCGUGGAUAGUGAAGUAUCUGCCGCUACUAUUGAAGCUAGGCCUUCGAGUAUUAUUCCUAGAGGCCGAAGAAGGUUUAGUCCUAGUUCUACAACACCCGUUCAAGAACAAGCUUUUGCGUCAGAAGAGCCGCCUAGUCCAAGGAGACCCACAUUUGCCAGAUUUACACCACGGCCAUUUGCACGAACAUCAACUACUACAGCAGCUACAGAACAGGAACGAGAUGAACAAAAUAAACAAAAUAUCGUCGCCACGUCGAAAUUACCCACCCGUUUGCCAUUCGGAAGAUCUAGAUUUAUUUCCUCAACUAUUUCACCACAAAAUCAUCCAAGAAAAUUGCCUUUCCCGUCGCGUAUUGUGACAACACCACAAGCAUUACCCGAUGAAACUGACGAGGAGGAAUUUGAAGAAAAGGCAGACGACAUAUCAUUGUCAGAAAGUGCUAUCACCGAGAACGAACACAACGAAGAAUUUAUUGAUGAAGUAGAAGAACUACCAAAACGUCGUAUUGUCAUUAAAAAGCUAAGAACACCAGUUAGUUCUACAACCGAAAGCACGAUUUCAACAGAAGCUGUACAAAUCUCGGAUGAGAAUGGAAAAAAGAAAUUCAGAGUAAUUCGUAGAAGGCCUACAUCGUCUACAAUUUCAUUUGAACCUAGUUCCACAUCUACCGAAUCUCCUUCAUCUACGCCUACAAGGAUUCGCAAAAUAAUUCGAAAGAAAAUUAAACUCAUCGAAGAUGAACCUGAAAUAAUCGCUAAAUCUAUUGGUUCACUUCAUACGGCUAAAGAUAUAACUACCGAGAUUGUAGCUAACUAUGGAGAGAAAAGUAGACCUGUUACCUCUGAAGCACCUCCUGAUGCGCCCAUCGAAGAAAAGUCGGAAGAAGUUGAAGAACCAGUAACAAAUAAAGAUAAAAGCAGUCUCAUAGAAUCUCCGGAAAAACAAAAUGACAAAGAUUCUUCCUCUCUUGAAAAGGAACAAUUAGAAAAAGAAGACAAAAAUCCUUCUACAGAGUCGAUUGAAAUUGAUAAAAAACCCGACGUUGUUAUAGAAACAGAACAGAAAACCAUAGACAUUUCGAAUAAUAAAGACGAACAGACCACCUCUCAGGACACGCCUUCUACAGAAGCAGAGGAAUCUCAUCCCGAAACUUCAACUACUAGCAGCACAACUACAACUACUCCCUCAAUUCGCAAUAGAUUACCUUAUAGACCUCUCAAGAGAACAUUUACAUCGACUACUGAAAGUACACCUUCUAGUAGCCGGACGUUUAGCCGUAAAUUUAAUUCUGGUGCCUACACUAGUCCCUCAACGGUGGAAAGAGAUGCUGAAGUAUCGUCAGUCAGAGCAACUGUCACCAGGAGACCGUUCUCUGCAAGAACUUUUACAAGAAGACCGUUCAGUACUAGUGUAAGGACCACCAAAAAAGUAGUAGUAGAAGAAGAAUAUUCUUUAGAGGAAGAUCUUGAUGAGCCAGAGGAACCCGAAACUCGGUUGGUAUUAGUGCCACCAAGUCAGCUGUUUACUAGAACAAGACCAGAUGAAGAAGAAAACAAUGCUUCCGAAGAUUCACAUGACGAAGAUGACGAAGCUGAAGAUCAACUACGAAAUAGAUUUGUACCCAACUCACGACGACCAACAUUUAAACCUCGUGUUGUUAAUUCAAACACCUUUAGAACGACUUCUUCAACUACAGAACUACCUAAACGAGUUACUGGUUCACAAAAUAGAACUGUUAUUUUUAAUAGAUUUGGAGGUAAUAAACCUAUCAAUGAUACUAAAAAGCGUGUACAAAACGUUCCAGUCGGUUACAGUAGUAAAUCAAGUACAGAAAAAGAAAUCUCCGAUUUAGUGACAGAUAAAGGAUCUGAUGGAGAACUGACUACAACAAAUGCACCCACUGAUGGCGCUGAGAGUACAACGGAGGAUGAUGACUAUUUGACAAUAACAGAAACGACAACAUCUUCAGGUAAUACUAAAUACGGCGAUAUCACUACUUCUAACACAGUUGAAACCGAAACCACCAUGGAUGAGUUUGACUUAAGCACAGAUGAUUACUUGGAAUUCACAGAAGGAACUACAAACUUACCAUCUACUCAAGAUUACACAACUAAUACGCAAACUGAAACCGAUACUCAAACUUCAACUGCCGCGCAUAGUACUACUACAUCCACAGAAUCAAGGGAAGAAAUAACUACUACUGAAGCUACACUUGAAACAACUUCUGCACCGACACCUUCACCAAUCGUAAAGACUCAGUACAAUAAAUUGUUCUCGGUUAGCAGAGUGGUUGAAGUAAAUUCUAAAUUAGAUAAACAUCGCCUAAAUAAGAAAAAUGAAACUACUCUAAUAGAAGAAGGAGAAAUCAUGGUCGAAAAGAAACCCACUGUCGACAAAAUUGGAGAAGUCAGUAGAUUUAGUCUAAUCAAAAUUUUUGAAGAUGAAAUUCCAAUAUACCUAACAAAAUUGGGACAUGUUUAUCCAGUAGAAAAUCCUCCAGAUAAUCUCAUUCGUAUUGACGAAGCUAGAAAUGCUAGGGCACUAGUGAACUUUGCCGAUGCUCCGAGAGAAAAUCUUAUUGCUUCUGAAAGUAUGAAUGAAGCUUAUAGACAUGUCAACAAAGUGACUAAUCAACCAAAAGAUUUAAUCAAUGCUAAAGAUGUAGUGGUACAUGUUCCAAAUGAUGAUUUCUUAAAAUAUAUCAACGAUGACAAAAAGUCAGAUAAAUCUGAAGAUGAACAGUUUCCUCAGUGGCAAUUUGUACCAGCUGCUUAUGAAAACGAAAGGAACAGAGCAGCUAAAACUUUCGAAAUAAUCACCCCGAGAAGCAUGCUGAGUGAACCAUCUACUCUCCCUCUAGAAGCUUUAUUUAAAACUGAGAACCCAAUGGCUAGAAAAAUUGUAGAUAACGGAAACAAACCUUUCGUAGUAUAUUCCGCAUCUAUACCGACACAAAAAGAAGAGGCCAACAUCGUGAAAUUAGAUAUAAUUAAAUCAGAGACGGGUCGUAACAUAAUCACGUUUGCCAAAGGACAGGAAUUUAAGGGAGCACCUGUUACUGAAACCACAAUAAAAUAUCCUGUAAACAUUUCUGUUUUACCAAAAGGGCUUGAAUCUUCGUCCACUAGUACAACAACGACCACUGCAACUCCAGAAACUAUAAAAACAAGUCCUAUUGUAGAACUCCUUACUACAAAUGCUGUUUCAACAAAAUCCACUACAGAAAUGCAAACAACUUUUGCAUCUACUACCGAAAUAUCUGCAACAGAAACUGUUCCUGAAGAAACAACUACUAUAAAAUCUCCACUCGAUGCUAAAAGAUCCAAAUUCGCAUUCCCAAGAAGGCCUGCAAUCAAAUCAAAUGUAACAAGACCUAGCAUUGUCCCACGUCCUACCAAGAAAAUAAAUGCCACUGUCAACAACAAUCUCCUAAUAAAACCCAAUAAGACUUCAACGUUCAACCCUUCAAAAACACGGUUCACUGGUAAUAGAAAUCAGAACGUCCCUGUAGAUAUUAAAAGGAAGCCUAUUUCAAAACCAGCCAAAGCUUUUACAACUACACAAGCACCAAAAACGACUACUGAAAGGAAACCUUAUUAUUUAGCCUUACGACCUGGACGACCCGCCUUUAUUCCUAGGAAAAAUAUUACUUCUACGACCACACCAGUCACAGGAGACACUUAACUAACAGAGUUUGUGGUAAGUUUUAAGAUUUAGUACGGGAUUAAUCCGGUUUCCCUGGCCAUAAUUAUGUGAACUGACUGAAAAUAAAAUAUUAAACCAUAGCUCUAAUGUUUUUGGAAGCCUGCGUCACUUACCGAAAAGUUUUUGUCCACAUAUUGUUAAUGAGAUAAGUUCCAAGUAUUUUUUCGAGUCCAACUAAUGUCGUUAUUGGGCUUGCAUACAAUCAGUAUACUUCUAAAAUAUUUCUUCUUUAU